AUGGCCUCCCUCCGCCCGCCCAACAGCCCGUCCCCGGCUCAGAGCCCGUCGCCCGGCCCAAAUGGAAAGGGCUCGCGCACCUCUAUGGGACCCGCUCCCCGUGCCAACGGUGGCGCUAACUUCGGCAACCUUCCUUCGCCUCGUCCUGGCGCUCCCGGUGGCCGUCCUACUAGCGAGCUCCUAGGCAGCGCUACUUUCCAGACACCGGAAUCUGAGGCUAUCGACCAGUGGUUCGAGAACCUGCACCACUACGAAGUUACUCUGGAAGAGAUGGCCGCCGCUUCGCUCGACGUCAACUUCAAGGAAGAGCUCAGUGCCAUCGAGCAAUGGUUCAAGGUCCUGUCCGAGGCCGAGCGUACCGCGGCGCUCUACAGUCUGCUGCAGCACUCGACUCAGGUCCAGAUCCGCUUCUUCAUCACUGUGCUUCAGCAAAUGGCUCGUUCGGAUCCGAUGACCGCGCUCCUCAGCCCGGCCAUGGGCGGCAGCAUGCAGUCGCAGAUGGAGGCUAAGCUCGCCUCGAUGAACCUCAAGUCGCCCGGUCUGAAGUCCGGCAUGCCUUCUUCGCCCUCUGCGCGCUCGUUCUCCCAGGGUGCCGCAGCGAACAGGCAGAGCCUCGCGUUCGACCCUCCGCCGAGCGCUACUGGAAACAGCUUCCUCUCGCCUGAUAGCGCCAGCCUCGGCGAUGCUGCUCAUACCCUGGCGCAGCAGCGCGCGAAGCUCAAAGCAGCGAACGCCGCGCACCGUAUCUCGGCUCCCGCACUUCCUGGUGCUGGUGGCGACCGCAACGUCUGGGGCGGUUCCCUCGGACAGGUUGCUGAGCGUUCCAGCUCGCCCGGUGCACAGGAGAUCGAACAGUCCGUUCGCAGCCGUCCUCAGAGCACCGACUUCCAGGGUCUCGCGGCUAGUGCGGCUAUUCGCAGCCCGCGCCUUGCGCCCGAUGGUGCUCAGGAGGCGACGAUGAGCCCCGGUCUCGGUGGCGACUGGUCCAGCAUGGUCACCACGCCGCUCAUGCCGAUGUUCAAGAAAACAGAGGCACCCGCUGUACCUGCCGGCGACUGGAACGAUGGACCGGUGCCGGUCCUGGCGGACGCGAAGAAGUUCCGCCGCAACUCGAAGCUCAACGCCGAUGGCGGAUCCGACCAGGAGGGCUCAGCUCCUCAGCAGACCCAGCGCUCCGUCAGUGGUAGUAGCCUUCGUGCCGGCAACAACAACGGCGGUCGCGGCGGUAGCAACUGGGGUGGAAGCGGUUCGCGCUCUCCCGCGCUCUCUCACAGCGACCGCUACGGCCAGGACCAGGGCAUGAACGGCAUGGCUGGUCUCGGUAUGGGCGGCUUCAACCUCGGCAUGGGCUCUCCCGGGCUCGGCAUGCCCCCGCUCAGCGCGAACGGACUCGCGAUGGCGCAGAUGAGCCCGUUCAUGGCACAGAACCUCAACAUGAUGAACAUGAUGGGCAUGAACAUGGGCGGCAUGACGCCCGAGCAGGCACUCCUCGCUGCUCAGAUGGCCGCCGCGCAGGGCUUUGGACAGCCCGGCCUCUCGCCGUUCCUUGGUAUGCAGCAGCAGCAACAGGCCGCGGCGAUGCAGCGCACGAUGCAGCGCGGACCGGGUGGACGUUCGCCCGGCGGCAAAAGCUCCACGAGCGGUCGCACGGGAGGCGGCGACAAGGGCGAGGACGACGUCGACCCCGCGCUGCUUGAGGACAUCCCGGCGUGGCUCCGCAGCCUCCGCCUGCACAAGUACACUCCGAACUUCGAGAAUGUCAAGUGGCAGGACAUGGUCCGCAUGGACGAGGCCGCGCUCGAGCGUCAGGGCGUCGCCGCGCUUGGCGCGCGCAGGAAGAUGCUCAAGACGUUCGAGGUCGUGCGCAAGAAGAUGGGGAUCCCCGAGCCGGGCGCCGAGAGCGCUUAA